GGAAAGAGAGGCGAUAGAUUGACCACCCGGGAUAGAAGUUUACCCCACACAGAACGGCGCCAAAGACAGAGAGCUAAAGUGAUUGGGAUUGAAGCACACCGCAGGCGAAGAAGUUGCUCCGAGGCAGACAGACGUACGAUCUUUGAGGAGAAGAGCGGAGUACAAGCGACCUUUGCUUGCCACAUCAGCUGCUGCAGUCUUGAGAACUUAUCUCGGGGCGGGUGACACGGCGAAUUUUUCAGCUCCAGCCUACGGCGGACAAGGGAAGGAGCGGCAUUACAGGCGUUCUCCGCUGUUGCAUCCCCAACCAACUGUAGCCAGACAGAGCAGCGGCAGCAGCAGCCAAGAUGUCGGAGAGGAAAGCGGUAAUCAAGAAUGCCGACAUGUCCGAAGACAUGCAACAGGAUGCGGUAGACUGCGCGUCCCAGGCUUUGGAAAAGUACAACAUUGAGAAGGCAAGACAUUGCCGCCUUCAUCAAGAAGGAGUUCGACAAGAAGUACAGCGCAACCUGGCACUGCAUUGUGGGCCGCAACUUUGGGUCCUACGUUACCCACGAGACGAAGCACUUCAUCUACUUCUACUUGGGCCAGGCAAGUGGCAGUUCUUCUCUUCAAGUCAGGAUGAGGCAGACUCACGCAAACGAGACGAGAUGAGACAAGGCAGCAGGCGCAGGCGAAAAGUAUUUUUGUGUUUUGCGGCCGUUCUGGUGGAACCGGGCGCUCUCGGCCCGGGUGCUCCCUCCCCCCUCCUCGCAUCGAUGGGCUGAGCCGAUUUUUGUACACUAGUCCCUAUGGCAAUGCCCCCGCCUCGGCCAACGGCAGCCGCUGCAGCAGCAGCAGACACGGAGGAUGGGAACAAAGGCGACAACACGUUCAAGCCAGCUAUGUGCGCGCAAGCUUGGAUAGGCACGCGACUCCGCUAUGCCCCCUCAGUCUGCGCCACCGGGUGGCAUUUCUGCCUCUCUCGCUUUGUCGCGCCAAUCGCGUCCUACAGUCUUGAGCGAGAGAUAGGGCAGAUUCGGCAGCAACAGUGACUUGAGUUGCUGUUGUUGUUUGUUGAUGCGGCGCGGGUGGUGUGCUAGGUGGGAUGCUGCAACUGAGGCCGUUUGUGUUUUGUUGAACCCGGCGGGGUGUGCGUGGUAAUAAGCAGCAUAGAGUGCCCUCCACCGCACGGCACGUGUUUUGAGAAAUGGGAUUCGCCGAUCACUUUUGUGUAGAUACUGCAGGCGGUGGGGAUGCAUGGAUGGGUCGUCGUUCGGUUCAAGUGUACCGCACACACGGUAAACCGAGGCGGUCUCGUCUCGCACUUCCAUCAGACGUUCUAGAAGCUUUGUAGGAUAGAGGGAGAAGGCGGAGAGAGGGAAUAAUGGGCCCUACGAUGCAAGAUGGUUGUAUCUCGUUGUUUUUCUAUGCUGCCAUGUUGGUGUGGGCCACGCGGAUCGAGGCGCAAAAUGAGGCUACGUGCUCAUGACAGCACGUCAGAUUCGGGGCAACGGCUGUGACUCGCUCCUAGGGUACUGGUACGUAUUUCGAUUGAGGUUACACGUUCGCCUUGAACCAUGUGUAAGGUCAUGAGAAAAAUCGCGCAAUUUAAUAUCAAACCACCUCAAUUUCGAUGUGGAUCGCUGCACCGAAGGGACCAAUACGUGCUGCAGCGGUAAACCGGGAACAUGUGUGUGCAGGCAGCAUCGACCCACCGUAAGACAAUUCCUGUCUUUCGCGAUAGGCUUAAGGACACACUAACAUGCCGGCAAGCUCGUGAUGGUUCAGAGCGCGGGAAUAUCGGUGUGUCGCACCAAGCCAGCGACACGGCCUUCUUGGCACAGCAGGGGGGGAUAAAGAACGAGAUCGAACUGCCUUUGCCGAUCGAUGGACAUGGCAAACUGCUCC